AACAACGGUGCGGUGAAACGAGUGCAAAACGAAUUGUUAGUCCCAAGUUCCGACAAUAGUGGAAGGCGACAAUGGAUUGGAUGAAAUUGUUCGCUCUUCUUGUAGCUGUUGCGUUUGUCUCUAUUCAGGCAGAUGGACCUAAAAAAAAAAUACGCAUACAUCUACCACAGAAGGUGAAGCACAUACACCACCAUAAGAAAAUAUACAUAACGAACCACCCUGCGUCCUCACAAUAUGCCCCGGCUUACAUGCCGAGCGCGGAAGGAUCAGUGGCGGUACCGACCAGCGUGUUGCCGGGAAUGAACCACCUCAUGCCCAUUAAUGAUAUAUAUGAUGACCACCAGGAUCGCGUACCGAACCUUUCAUCUGCCGCCUCCCAUCUGCUACCUCUGUACCAUGCCAGAGGGUAUUAUGGUCCAACGCACACUGAGAUCGAAGAACAAGAAUAUGAUCUGUCACCUUCAGAGCCUUCGGACAAUUUUGCUCCGUCAGGGUUUUCCGCCCCAGCUGUUCCCAUCGGGUCAGGUCACCCACCUAAACGUGUUAAAAUUAUUAAACUAAAUGAGCCCCCACGGAAAAAGGUAGUCAAGAAAAGCAAACCGAAACGGCUUCCGGCUCGACGUAGGCCGGCUCCGGCGGGACCUCUGAUAGAAGGCGAGCAUCCAGUUUCCCCAUUCCAUGAACAGUUUUAUUCCGAUGUUGAUGGUUCAGCAACAAUCAGAAAAGUAAGAAAACCUCCAAGAGUUGAAAAAAUUAUCGAUGGUGACACUGAGCACAUACACACUUAUAGCGAAGAACAUAUUCACAAAGUACUUUUUGAUGGAAAUUCAAAAAUACCGAACUUAGUUGGAGUUGAUCCUAUAGCUGCUUUGCCAGCCUAUGCGAGACCAGCUCCGGCCUAUCCAUUUAAGGGCGCUCAAGCAAUUUUUGCCAUUCCCAGACAUCCAUUUGCAGGUUUGGCAGCUUUGGGCACAAUGGCGUCUCCUGCACACUUUGAAUACGCUGCCUAUAAUCCACGAGAGGUAACUCAUGAUCACAUAUAUCAUGAUCACGGAGAAAUACCUUCAGGUCUUGAUAUAACAAAAGAUCCAAUGAGCUUGCCUCCGAAAGUAUCAUAUAAUGGGCAAGGUAUAAGAUUAAGCACACUUAAAAAUUUAGCUAAAGCUAAAGCAGCAAAAUAUAAGAAGCCAAUAAAGCCUGUAUCAAACGAUUACUCUUACUAUGAAGGAAUAUUCACAGACAAUAAUCGACAGAAAAAAAUACCAAGACCCUCAAUCACACCAAGCGGUUUUGAAGCAACUGCUGAAGAAGGUAGUUAUAGAUCUCUAUCUGACUUAACGUUUAAAAAUAGUAACACUAAACCGCGGAACCAAGUGACUUAUUACGGAAAAUCACCAAACGAAUUUAGAUCAUCAAGUGCCUCGUCACCUUUUAGCGUGUCUUCAUCAGUCGUGCAUGAUUACAAGCCAAAUAAUUUUGUAAAUUCCGCAUCUGCUCCAGGAAGUUCGUCGAAAUUUAAAGACCCAUUCGUAAAUUUUAAAGAUAACUACGCUAACAACUUUGAAUAUGACACAUUCGCAUCAUCCUCAUCUAAUUUUUUCGCAUCAGAAGACAAAAAUGAUAGCGGGAGCUUUACGUUAUCACCUCAUAAGGAAAAAAAGAAGUCAGUAUCAACUCAAAACAUGAGUUUUAGGGGUAAGGAUCAUGUAACCUACAUAAAUCAUUUGGGAAGCGACCCUGCAAUGAUUAAUGAUGGCACUCCAACUGCUUUGGAUAAUCUAGAUUUAUUUGAUCAGCCAUCAUCAUCGAAUGUAGUCACACCUACACCUCUAACGCACAAGUCUUCGUCUCCUAUACACGAUAUUGUUUCGUAUUUGAAUUCGAAGUCGAUACAAGAUCAACCGAUAAGUUUACCCGAAGCGUCGAAUAAUAAUUUCCAGUACGCGGAAGCUCCUAGUCAAUCGACUACACCAACUUCAGAAGCGACUGUUCCAACACAACCUAAUCAGUAUAACCAUCAAAAUAAAGAUACUACGGAAAAUCAAGUAUCAGAAUCAAGAGACGCCAAAAACAUAAGAGAGGCAAAUUUUCACCCAUACAGUCAAAACAACAAUCCCACAACAGUGAGAGGUAAACUUAAAUAUGGUGACAAACUCUAGUGAUAUGGACCAUUAAAUUAUUAUUAUUAGAAUAAGUGGUAGUUUAAAAAGAACGUGAUCUUAGCUCUACUCGUGCCUGAAAUUAUAAUUCUAGUGUGAUAAUAAUGUUUCGUAACUUA